CAUAUUAAUACACAUAUCACAUGCUAUAAUUGACUAUAACUGAUUCUCAAUGCUUUAAAUAUUUUACUGAAUAAAUGCUCUCUUUAUCAAAAUUUAAAAUUUCGAUUAAAAAAUCGAUCUUUCCAUAUACCAAUGUUGAUCAAAACGAAGUGCGCAACCUACAGGCAACAAGUAACAACUCUAUUUAAAGGGGGUGACGAAGAAGAUAUAUCGUUGUAUCUUAUGCUUUAGCGUUAUAGGUUAUUCUAUUUUUGCAUUUGUUUAGAUUUAUACUUCUUAAUUUUAGGAACGUAAAUAAUAGUAACAAUAAAAGUAUAAAAAUGGUUUUCAUAAACAUAGUAAUUAUCAAGCUUUACUGGAAUUAAUUGAUUCUAACAUUAUGCUUUAAUCCUAAAAAUAUGAAAAAGUAAAUAUGAUCAUAUUUUCUAAAUUAUAUCUUUCGCUUCAUUAAGAGAGUAAUACAAGAUGUUGCAUUCAACGGGAGUAUUGUCACCACAAGACAUUUUGGUAGAAGUUAGAAAAUUUAUUUCCGGAGCUGUUCGGCCGACUCAUAGUACAAGCACGCUUGAUGUAACGCGAACAGCUUUGACUUUACUUCGAAAUGUACCUGCCGCAAGAGAUGCAGUACUUGAAUAUUUCUGCAAUGUAUUUUUCAUUGCAGUUACCAAAUAUGUUCGUCAGCUAGAAACAAAUCAAAACUUAGCAAUAUGUGAGGAAUCUAUAAUAGCAGAAAUCCACAAUGUUUUAAGUAGCUUUAUUAAUGGCAAUCCAGAAGCAUGGGCACCAAUUAUUUCAGCAUGGUCACUAGAAUUAUUAGGUAAACUUUCUUCAGAAUAUGCAAAACGUGGAAACUUACCUGCAAAUGCUGGAAUUAAUGAUUUCCUUCAACAAUGGAUGUCUUGUUGUGCUACCCGUACUUUAAUUGAUAUCACUGCUCAAUGUCUUCAAUGUCUUAUGCAUUCAGAUACAGGAUCUUGUAUUAAAGCACUAUUAGAUACUAGCGUAUUACAUAGUCCUCAUUUUGAUUGGGUAGUAGCUCAUGUUGGAAGUUGUUUCCCAAAUACAGUUAUUACCAGAGUGUUAUCAUGUGGUUUAAAAGAUUUUUGUGCAAUGGACCAUGAACAUAAUGUUAAAGAUCCAAAAUUGAAUUCAGUAGUUGGAAUUCUGGGUCAUUUGGCUGGUAGUCACUUUCAAGAUAUUACAGCAGCAUUAUUAGACUUAUUCAAGUGGAGUCUGCAGGAAGAUGUAAAUAUCGAUGAGGAUACAAAGAAUCAAAAAUUGGCUACUGUUCCAUUUCUUUUAAAUUUGGCUUCUCUUUCGCAAACUCUUUUAAAAGCAAUAACUAGUGAUGUAUUGCAAACAUUAAAGCCAGAUAUAAUCCCGCAGUUAGCUUUAUUUGCCUCAGACUGGUGCAAAUAUUUUGAUAACCAACCUGAAGCCCUGAUAGAUCUAACUGUUCAUCUGAUAUUAGGAUGUGAACAAGGAGCAUCUCAGCUAAUAAAUAUUUUGCUAGAUGCAAGUUUAAAUACAAGUAAUGUUGGGUAUCAUAGUGUUAACGCUGCUCAAAGCGUAAAAAGCGUAUGUUCUGAGAUACUAGAGUUGGUAUUGCAAGAGAUAGAUCUACUUUUGAGGACACAUGGACCACAAUCUGCAAAUAUUGCCUUACUAAAUUCAGUCAAACAAGAAUUUCCAGUAAUAUUACCAUUACUUUUGAAUCAAAAUCCACUGCGAGUUCAAACAGCUAUCAGACUGCUAUGUUUUCUUGGAAGUCAAAAUCCUAAUAUGUUAAUAUCUGCAGCAUCGUAUAUGUUAAUCAAAGCUGUAACUACUUUCCAUCUCGCCGCUUUGAUUCGGCUUGUUUCUAAUAACAUUGUAUUAUUUUCGUCUAAUAACUCUGAGACGGAAAAUGUAUUAGCCAGCUACAGUUACUUUACACAAGUAGUUGAACAAGCACUUAGAGAAAUAAAUUACAAAAAUGUUAUAGAAAAACAAGAAACAAGACAACUCUUUCAAAAUCUUACAGUAUUGCUAAAGUGGGAGAAGCAUAACAAGGCAGUAGUACUCCGGUCAAAAAUGAUAACUCAAGCUAUAAAAUCCAAUCUACACCAAAUCUCCACUCUGUUAACAAAAACAACUGACUUCGAUUUGGCUAAUGAUAUUGCUAAAAUGUUAGACUUAUUUAGUAUGCCUGAAAAAGAUAAUUUUUCCCCAAAUGUAGAACUCACUUUGAAAUUAACGAGAGCUAUGAUACAGUAUUUCUUUUUAUGCAUAAUGGAAGAUGACAUCACACGAAAACAACAGGGUGUGAAGAUCGUUUGUCAUUUAUUAAAAGAUUUAACUUUUUAUUCGCCAUGUGCUCGAGUUUUAGCUCUAAGAGAAAUUCUGGGACAUAGUAUCAAUAAUAAUCCUGCAAAAUAUUUUGGUGCAAAAGAAAAAUUUGAACCAAAGUUUGAGGAAACGUUACUUUUGCAUCAAAACCACAAACAGGUUACGAGUACGAUGUUAGCUCAGAAACAUUCUUCAGUGUUUCACGCUGGAGUAAUUGGACAUGGUCCUCGGAGACCGCCACCAGAAAAUAAUAUCGAUAAAGAAAUUAUUGCUCUCAAUAAAAUAUUGCUAAUUGAUGUAAUAAAGGCAUGUUGUAGUAAUCGUGAAUCGGAACGAUAUCCUGUGAACCUAGAUGCUUUAACAAUGGUCAGUUUAUUGUUAGUUGAGCUAGUUUCACCUGAUGUUAUGUAUAAUGGAUUACCAUGGCCUGAUGAAGAAUUUACAAAGGUUACUAUAGAAAGAGAUUUGCAAAUCCAUCGGACAUUCAAGGAUGUUCCAUUAUUAUGGACAUUAUUAGAACUGACAGCUUGGUACAGACCAGCCUUAGCUUACUGCUCAGUUCUAUUGAGAGGUAUUGCUGCCACAGUUAUGGCUAACUGGAAUAUAGAAGAAGGUAUUUUACUCGUGAGUGUUAUGGCACUUGGUCAGUUAUUACCACCUCCAUUAGCAAGUAUAAGGGAUGUUUUGCCAGUUUUAGAACCGCAUCAGAUAAAUACUAUAAUGAAAGAAUGUGUAUGGGCUUACAUGCGUGAAAAUGUUCCAUCACCUGCUCUUUUUACACGUAGCGAAGGAGCUAACAUAGCUUGGCGAGAUACGGACACUUCUACUCCAAAUUCACGGUUUACAGAAACACUUCGUUUAGUUUUGUUAUCCAAUAUUCAUACAUUGGGUCCACUUUAUGCUGCUCUUUUCUUACAAUAAAAAUAAAUAGUUAAAUUUUCUACCAUAUGUACAUAUUUUUGUGAAUAAAAUGAUAUAAAUCUAAGAAA